AAAAAAUAUACAUAUAAAAGUACGCGCAAACACAUAUACAAUCACACAGUAUUUGUAUUGAUAAACCCCCAUUUGAGAUCAUCUACUGAAAUUCCAACUUCUCCUUCUCUCCUCAAUUUCCCCGAUCUCGCCGUCUCCGGCAACCUACCACCGUUGAUCGGAGUCUGCUCAUUACUCGCCGAUAUGGAUAAAAGAGACCAUUGUUGCUCAACUCACCUCAUAGAAGGGGAUGGUACUUUCAAUGUCACCGGAGUUGACAAUUUUGUGAAGGAAGUUAAACUUGCUGAAUGUGGGCUGUCUUAUGCUGUUGUAGCCAUCAUGGGCCCUCAGAGCAGUGGGAAGAGUACAUUGUUGAAUCACCUGUUUGGUACGAAUUUCAGAGAAAUGGAUGCUUUAAGGGGGAGGUCACAAACCACAAAAGGAAUAUGGAUGGCACACUGUGUUGGCAUUGAGCCUUGUACUCUCGUUAUGGAUUUAGAGGGUAGCGAUGGAAGAGAAAGAGGAGAGGAUGACACUGCAUUUGAAAAGCAGAGUGCUCUUUUUGCUCUUGCAGUUUCUGACAUAGUGCUCAUAAAUAUGUGGUGUCAUGAUAUUGGGCGUGAACAGGCUGCUAAUAAACCCCUAUUAAAAACUGUAUUUCAGGUUAUGAUGAGAUUAUUCAGUCCCCGUAGAACAACUUUGAUGUUUGUUAUUCGUGAUAAAACCAGGACACCAUUGGAAAACUUGGAGCCAAUUUUAAGGGAAGACAUCCAGAAGAUAUGGGAUUCUGUUCCUAAGCCAGAAGCUCAUAAGGAAACUCCAUUAAGUGAAUUUUUCAAUGUUGAAGUUGUGGCUCUCUCUAGUUAUGAAGAGAAGGAAGAACAAUUUAAAGAGCAGGUGGCGAGUCUUAGACAACGGUUUUUCCAUUCUAUCGCACCUGGUGGGCUUGCUGGGGAUAGGCGUGGCGUGGUGCCUGCUUCAGGAUUUUCAUUCAGUGCGCAGCAGAUAUGGAAGGUCAUUAAGGAAAAUAAGGACCUUGACCUGCCUGCUCACAAGGUCAUGGUAGCCACUGUACGCUGUGAAGAGAUUGCAAAUGAGAAGUUUUCAUCCUUUGUUGAGAAUGAGGCAUGGCGUCAAUUAGAAGAGAUAGUACAAUCGCAACCUGUACCUGGGUUUGGGAAGAAGCUGACUGCUAUUCUUGAUGUUUGCUUAUCAGAGUAUGAUACAGAGGCUACAUAUUUUGAUGAAGGUGUUAGAUCUUCAAAGCGGAAACAAUUGGAAGAGAAGCUUUUGCAACUCAUCCAACCAGCAUACCAGUCCAUGUUGGGACAUAUAUGCUCUGGGACCUUGGAUAGAUUCAAAGAAGCAUUUGAGAAUACCUUGAAUGAGGGUAAAGGAUUUGCUGUGGCUGCUCGUGACUGCACCAAUUAUUUUAUGGCACAGUUUGAUGAAGCAUCUGCAGAUGCACAGAUUGGUCAAACAAAUUGGGACUCUUCUAAAGUGAGAGAGAAGCUUAGGCGAGAUAUAGAUGCUCAUGUUGCUGCAGUUCGUGCUGCGAAGUUAUCCGAUCUUUCUACCCUUUUUGAGAAAAAAUUGAACGAAGCAUUGGCUGCACCUGUUGAGGCUUUGUUAGAUGGAGCCAGUGAUGACACAUGGCCAGCAAUAAGAAAGCUUCUUCGCCGCGAGACUGAAGCAGCCAUUAGUGGGUUUUCCAGUGCACUUUCUGGUUUUGAAAUAGAUGAUACAACAAAGGAUAAAAUGCUUGUGAGGUUGGAGGAUCAUGCAAGAGGGGUAGUAGAAGCAAAGGCAAAAGGAGAAGCUGGAAGGGUUCUGAGCCGCAUGAAAGACAGGUUUUCAACGUUAUUUAGCCAUGAUUCUGACUCAAUGCCACGUGUCUGGACUGGGAAGGAAGAUAUUCGAGCAAUCACCAAAACUGCUCGCUCUGCUUCUUUGAAACUACUUUCUGUUAUGGCUGCUGUUCGUUUGGAUGAUGAUGCUGAUUCUAUUGAAAACACAUUGUCCCUUGCUCUUGUUGAUCCCAAAAGUGGGGCUGCUACCAGUAGGGGUAUUUCAGCGGACCCUCUUGCCUCAAGUAGUUGGGAUGAGGUUCCAUCAUCCAAAACCCUAUUAACUCCAGUUCAGUGUAAAACUUUGUGGAGACAAUUUACUGCAGAGACUGAGUAUACUGUUAGUCAAGCGAUUGCUGCUCAGGAGGCUAGCAGGCGAAAUAACAACUGGUUACCACCUCCGUGGGCAAUCCUUGCUUUGGUUGUUUUGGGUUUUAAUGAAUUUAUGACCCUUUUGAGAAAUCCAUUGUAUUUGGGUGUCAUUUUUGUUGGUUUUCUGCUUACAAAAGCCCUCUGGGUGCAGUUAGACAUUUCUGGUGAAUUCCGAAAUGGAGCUCUACCUGGAAUUCUGUCGUUAUCGACCAAAUUUCUCCCUACCGUUAUGAAUCUCCUGAGAAAGCUGGCAGAGGAAGGCCAAAGGCCUGCUAAUGCAGAUCCUCAGCAGAACCCUACCAUUCCAGCUAAGACCUUACGAAGCACCACAAACGAUUAUAGUGAAAUGUCUUCAAGCGCUUCCUCCGAAGUAACUACUUCUGAAAAUGGAACAGAAUACUCGAGUCCCUCAUCCAGCAAAAAGGUGCAGUAAGCUCUCAUUUUCAUUUGCUCCUUACAUUACCGGAUCCUAAUUAGUCGUAGCAUAAUGCUGGAUGCUCUUGUGGUUUCGUGAUGAAUCUAUGACAUAGAAAGGAAUCCAAUCAGAGAGGUCGUAGAUAAUAUACAUAUAUAUAUAUAUAUUCAAAUGUGGGUGUCAUAUCUGUAUUUCUUAUUUAUCCAUUCGUCACCUUUGCUUCUGUCUGUCGCGGUCAUGGAACGAGUUUUUUACUGCCCUGGCCUUGGUUGUGGUCGUUUUCCUUUACCUUCAGUUUUGUAUCAUUAGAAAGUGAAAAAUCUAAAUAUGUAUUGAAUCUCACUGGGAAUUUUUAUGACCCAUUUUGUAUGUUAUGAAGCAAUGCACAGCUCUUCUGAUUGA